AGAAUAAACAUCCGGUUUCACAUAGUCUGGGUUAUCUGCCCCUGCAUACACGUUGUUCUUUGUCGAUCAAUCGAGCUUUUGUAUGUUUUUGCGACGAUGUUCAAGUAAGAUACACAAAAUAAAUUUAGGUCAGAAAAUCCGUAAGACUUUGUUUAUACGCCCUUAUAGGUUGACAUGUCUGAGAGUGGAGGGAGCAUCCGUGGCUGGGACUGGAGCAGUCCAGGGUGUCGUGCCCGGAUGGAUGAGAUAUUUUUUCGCCAUCAUGACUACAUUCAGGCGAAAAGCAUUGAACAUAAAGAGUUUUGGGUUUUCUUUGAGCGCUUUCAGCGGUUUAAAACCAGAAGGGAGGUUGAGAGCUCAAAUCCUAGUAAAAGUAUGGCAGAGUUACGGAAGAAGUAUGCCAGGGGCUCAGUGGAUCUUGGGCUCCCAAAGGAAUACGAUGCCCGAUACAGGAUCAAUAUCUUUGUAAACACCGGCGAUGUAGAGUAUCGUCUGGGUGAUUUGCAUAGCAGGCGACACAAGGACGACCCGACCGGCCUAAGCAGCCAGAUCACAGACUGUCGCCUUGCCCUGCUUCAUUUUCUAGACUUCACUCAGAAGCAGAAUUUCUGUAAAAUCGUCAAGCUGCACCGUGAACAGAAAAGCCUGCCUAUCUUCCAGUACCGUAACCGGAUUGUAGAGCUGGUCCAAACUCACCAAGUGGUGGUGGUGGCUGGAGACACCGGCUGUGGGAAGUCCACACAGGUGCCCCAGUACCUGCUGGCGUCUGGCUUUAGCCAUAUAGCCUGCACUCAGCCUCGCCGCAUUGCCUGCAUUUCCCUUGCUAAGAGAGUGAGCUUUGAGAGUCUUGCCCAGUAUGGUUCCAAGGUUGGUUACCAGAUCCGUUUUGAGAGCAGACGCACGUCAAGCACUAAACUCCUGUUCCUGACUGAGGGUCUGCUCCUCAAACAGAUACAGCAUGAUGCUGUGUUAUCCCAGUACCAUGUGGUGAUUGUGGAUGAGGUUCAUGAAAGACACCUGCACUCUGACUUCCUGUUGGGUGUAUUCCAUUCCUUGCUUCACCGGCGACCAGACCUGCGCUUAGUUCUUAUGUCUGCCACCAUCAACAUCAAGCUCUUCUCCAACUACUUCAACAAUGCACCUGUGCUGCAGGUGCCAGGUAGACUCUUCCCCAUUCAGGUGAUAUACCAGCCCAUUCCUGAAAAGGAACAGGUGUCCAAACUGGAAAAGCUGGACCCAAGGCCAUAUCUGCGUGUGCUCCAGGGCAUUGACCAGCGCUAUCCUCCUGAGGAGCGGGGCGAUCUGCUGGUUUUCCUUAGUGGUAUAGCUGAAAUCUCCACCAUCAUGGAGGCAUGCCAAACCUAUGCUGCACACACCGGUCGCUGGAUUAUACUGCCUUUGCAUAGCACCUUGUCACUGGAACAACAGAAUAAGGUCUUUGACAUUGCUCCCCCAGGGUUGAGGAAAUGCAUCAUUGCUACCAACAUAGCUGAAACCUCAGUCACCAUUGAUGGGGUGCGCUUUGUCGUCGAUUCAGGCAAAGUAAAGGAAAUGACUUUUGACCCAAAGACCAAGAUGCAGAGACUUCAGGAGUUCUGGAUUAGUCAAGCCAGUUCCGAGCAGAGGAAAGGUCGUGCAGGUCGAACAGGGCCAGGAGUUUGCUACCGACUCUAUGCUGAGUCAGACUAUGAGGGCUUUGCCCCUUACUCUGUCCCGGAGAUCCAUCGAGUGGCUCUAGACUUGUUAGUGCUACAGAUGACGAGUAUGGGUCUGGGAGAUCCUUGUUCUUUUAACUUCAUAGACCCUCCUGCAACCUUGAGCAUUCAGGCAUCUGUGAAGUAUCUAAAGGAUCAAGGGGCACUAGACACUCAGGGAGCACUCACCCCCAUUGGCAGUCUGCUAGCCAAGCUGCCUGUGGAUGUAGUUAUUGGUAAAAUGCUAGUUCUAGGUUCACUGUUCAAUCUGGUGGAGCCAGUGUUGACUGUAGCUGCAGCACUGAGUGUUCAGUCACCAUUUCUGCGCAGUACUCAGCACAACCCAGAUUGCAUCACUGCACGCCAACCUUUGCAAAGUGACCUGGGAGACCCUUUCACCCUGCUCAACACCUUCAAUGCAUGGGUACAGGUGAAGGGGGAUAGGGGAGGAGGCUCCAGGAAGUGGUGCAAAAGAAGAGGACUAGAGGAACAGAGACUGUAUGAGAUGGCCAACCUGAGACAACAAUUCAAGGAGCUGUUGAGGAGUCAUGGGCUGGUGGAGCCGGAGUCCUGUCACAUAACCGAGGACCGGGCCCAGCGCAGGAAGAGGCGAACUGAACGUCAGAGACUGUACCAGCUGAAGAGGGAGCAUGACUUAAAGGAGAGCAGCUGCAGGAAAAUCUUGCAUCUGGAGGAAGGCCUGGAGCAAGGGUCAUCAUGUGACUCUGAUGAGGAGGAAGCAGGGUCAAGCAAGGACAAAGACUCUGUAGCACAGGACGUAGACAUACAGGAAGUGAAGUUCAAAUUGCGGCAUGAUGUUGGCAAACUUCAGGGAGAUGCAUACACCAGUGCAACACUGUCAUCUCGGCAACAAGCUCUUUUCAGACUGGUGCUGUGCCGUAGCCUGUACCCACAGCUGGCCCUGCCUGAUGAACAUAACUCUGCCCGCAAGGAUUCAGAGCAGGUGUUUCACACUCAUAACAAGAAAGGUGUUAUGAUUCACCCCACCAGUGUUUUUGCCAGUAAUCCAGAUUUGCUGCAUAUCACUCAGUAUGAAUCCAGUGCUGAGAAGGAGCAGAGUGAUGGGCAUCAGUUGCUGGCUUUUGUAACUCUGCUUGAAACUAACAAGCCCUAUGUUUCAAAUUGUGUACGGGUCCCUGCCCUGCAGGUUUUGCUGCUGGUGGCAAAUUCUAUAGACAGCAAUGCAGACUGCACACGCCUGGUGGUGGAUGGCUGGCUGGAGCUGGUUAUAAGUGAUAGUUUGGCAGGUCUCAAAGUGCUAUCCUCUGCCCUUAUGGUGAGGGACAAUUGGGACAGUCUGCUACAGGCUAAGUUGAGCCAGUCAGGUUUGAGAUCUGCUGUGGUUCAGGGGCUUGCUGGCCCAAUACCACCCCAUCAUGAUUUAGAGAAAGUCACAGAAGGACUUGCACGCUUUCUCCUGUAUACUAAGGUGAGUUACAGUCUGAGAAGACUUACCCUGCUGCAGUCUCAGAACCUGUACAUUGGACCUCAGCAGAACAUAGAGUUUCCCCCCCCUCCCUUGUUCCCUUCGAUGAAAGCUGAACCUGAUUCAAUUAAAGGAGGUCUACGUGUCACCACCUACUUCACCUAUAAUUGCCUCUGUGACUCCAAAGACUUGUACAGUGAGUGCUUGCGGACAUUUUGGACUUGCCCUCACUGUGACCUGCACAUGCCCUUCACCCCACUGGAGCAAAUGCAGCAUGAGGUCACCUGUAGGCCACUACAGGAACAGCAGAUUGAACCGGAGGACCCUGAAACAGAAAAAUCUGGAUCCCUGUCUAAUCUGACUAGACUCUACCACUGUAAUAUCUGUAAGAAAGACCUAACCCUCACCUCCACUGAGAUACUUAAACACAAGCAUCAACACCAAUCCUGAGUUCUUCCUGCCCCUGUGCACAAAACUAAUGUGGAACCAGAUGGAGUUAGUGUGUGUGUGAUUUUUUUUUUCUUUUUGAAGAAGAAAGUUGUGAAAGAUAAUUGUAAAAAUAGGUAUGUGUAUUUCUGAAACGUAUAGGUAUGUGUACAUAAAAUAGGCAUUUGUACUUGUGAAACAUAAUCCUCUCCAUUUCAUUUUUAGACUCUAAAUAAAAUG